AUGAAGGAAUUCAAGCUAGGAAUCGUCAAGCCAGAAGUCGUCAACGCUGUGACGUCUGUGGAGGAAGCGGUGAGCAUUCAUCCCAAAUGGGACACGAAGGCCACGACCUACGACUACGCGCUUCUGAAGCUGAAGACGCCACUGGACUUCAGCGGUGCCGACAGCGCUGUGAUGCCCAUCUGUCUUCCAACAAAGAACCAGGAAUUCGAUGGCGAGAUCUGCACCGCAACCGGAUGGGGAUUCACUAAAGAUGGUGGCAAGGUCUCGAAGAUCCUUAAGAAAGUGGACUUGCCCAUCGUACCUUUCGAGGAGUGCAAGGAGGACUACGAGGGGCUCGCCGAGGUGGACGAGAACACCAUGGUCUGCGCUGGCUACGAGGAGGGCGGGAAAGCGCCGUGCGAGAUCGAACUCCACCCGGAUUGGAACCCGAAGACCAUUAACUACGACUAUGCGCUCGUGAAGUUGGAGACUCCACUGGACUUCGGCGGUGCCGACAGCGACGUGAUGCCCAUCUGUCUUCCCACGAAGGACCAGCAGUUUCCCAACCUCACAUGCGUCGGAAGCGGAUGGGGAUCGCUGGUUCAAAACGGUCCUGAUUCUACGAUUCUUCAGAAGGUAGACUUGCCUACUGUGCCUCACGACAUCUGCAAGCAGAACUACGCCAACUCCAAUCCGGUGAUCGAGGAAACCAUGAUCUGUGCCGGUUACGAGGAAGGAGGAAAAUCCAUGUGCAAUGGCGAUUCCGGAGGACCCUUGAUGUGCCCGAGGGACGACGGCCUCUACGUGCUGGCCGGAACCGUCUCGUGGACCGUCGUAUGCGCCGCUAAAUAUCAGCCGUCCGUCUUCGCCAGAACUUCGACGCAACUGGACUGGAUCGAAAGCAUCGCUGGAGAGACUCCAUGA